CAUAAAAGCGUGGUUUACCUUCUCGGAUGUCGCCGCUGUCUCCCUCUAACGACGUCACAUCACAACAUCCGCUUUAGCGCCGUGCCACUUCCGGUACAGAUCCGGUUAGCAUCAUUAGCAGCAGCGCUAGCACCAAACGAGUUAAUUUCUACAAGAAUACGGUUAUCUUUUUAUAAAUUGAUGUUGUAUGGAUCUAUUUCGAUGAAGAUGUAGGAGGCAGGUUCAUCCGUGGCAUCUGGCGAAUUUUGGUGACGGUUUGAAGGCGCAUCAUGGUGGACGUCUCUUCCUCCUGGGUUUGUGAAUCAGAGGGACAAUCUCUGUCUGAUGUCCUGAUAAUUCACAACAAUGAAGACCCAAAUGAGAACCAUGAAGUGAAUUGUGUUACAGCCCCAGUCCUCUUGUCUCAGCCGGAAGAGAGCGCCCCCUGUGUGCUGUCUCUGAAUUGCAGAUCCUCCUCUGUCAUCAGGAGGUUGGAGUUUGUGACUGAAGCUCGCACUGUGGAGAUAUAUGAUCAGAGCGGAGAAUACUGUGGGACUGUGAGAGGAGAGAGGGACACGAGCAUAGACACAGACAGUCCAGACUCUGGACCUUUCUACAGAAAACAGUUGGUUCUGGAUCACCCCUCGGCCUCCUGUGAAGUCAAGCUGCUGUCGUUGUGCGGGCGGAGGUGUGUUCGGGUGUUCUCCAUCGCAGUGGGAGUGGAGGCGUUGCAUUCGAGUGUCUCCGUAAACCACAGCAUCGACUUGCAGCAGGUUCAGUCCAUGAUGGAGGAGAUGGGGACCAGUCUGUCUCCUGGAGCUCAGCAUCUCAUGGAUAUGGUGCAGUUCCAGCAGCAGAAUCAGACGUCUUCUCUGAGUUCUCUGUUCCCGAUGUUGAUGGGAGGAAGAGUCAUGUCUCAGAUGGUCUCGCCGCUCCAGUUCACUUCCUCACUCGCCGAAGCUCCGUCCAAUCAGAAUGGAGCGAUGUCACAUGACUCCUCCGACUCUACCUGCUCAGAGAGCAGCGAGUCUCGCAGCCCAGUCAGCCCCGCCCACAUUACGGAGAUGAUGUCACAGCUGAUGAAGGGGCAUGGCCAGGCUCUAGACUCCGCCCCCGACCUACUUCCUGUUCUGCAGAGCGUGUGUGGUCACGUGACUCAGCUCAGACUGGACAACGCCGCUGCACUGAAGGAGAUAAACAACGGGACAUGUGAGUGCGACGCUGAGAUGGAGCGUCGACUGGAGCAGAUGGAGCGGCGUUUAAAAGAACAUUUCGACAAAAGACUCGACGCCCUCGAACAGAAGCUGGACUCUGUUUUAAACCUGGCUUUGAUGAACCAGAGUUACCCACAUUUAACCCCAAAGACCCUCACAGAAGAGAAGAUACUCCAGGCCACGGUGAACUGUGACUGAGAUCUGAGUCUGGUUUUGUUUUAAACCAGGAUUACUCGAGUAUUAACAUCACUGAAGACAAGAGAAACAAUUAACUCAACUGGAAUGGGGUUUGUUUUUAAAUCUGAAUUACUUUAAUAAACCUGAAUCACUGUAUUUUACAUCUGAAAUGUCUAAAAUGGUGAGAGGCUACUGUAAACUCAAAUGAACAAAACUGGAGUGUGUUUUAAGCCUCAUUAUGUUGAACCAGGAUUAAGUAAACACUAACUAAACUACAGAUGGUUUUAAAAGCAACAAUGAAACACUCUAAACUUGUUCUGCCAAACGUCUCUCUUUUAAAGGUGCACUAUGAACUCCCCCACCGGCCAAAUUAGACCCCCCGAAGGGCCAAGUUUGGCCCGUGGGCCCGACUUUGAGCAGCCCUGUGUUUCAGAUGAGAUUAAUGUUCAUGUUUUUUCACUGACAGUUUGGUUUGUACUUGUAAAAAAUAAUAAUGUUUAAGCUUCUAUUCCUUCUAGUCCUGGUUUAGUCCUGGUUUAGCCCUGGUUUAGACCUUGACCUCUGGUUUAGACCUGGUUUAGUCCUGGUUUAGACCUUGUCUCGUCCUGGAUUAGACCUUGUCUGUACUUACUGUAACAUCCUCCUGUCUCUGUGUGGGGGAAACAGUUUUUGCUGAAAUGAUAAAGAUUCUAAUGGUUUUUAUUAAGUCCUUGUGUCGUAAAAUAAACUCUACUGAACUCACAUGUUCCUGGUUUUCU